AUGCCUAAGAUCACUGAAAUCUUCUUCGAUUGCGACAAUACCCUUGUCCUUUCGGAAGAGCUGGCCUUCGAGGCUUGCGCCGACCUCACCAAUGAGAUCCUCGAGAAGCGGAACAUCCCUGAUCGCUACACUGGCGGACAGUUGAUCCAGGAUUUCGUUGGCCAGAACUUCCGCGGAAUGAUGAUCUCCCUUCAGGCCAAGUACAAGUUCGAGAUGUCCAAGGAAGAGCUCGAGGAGUACGUCAAGAUGGAGGAGGACAAGGUCAUCGCCAAGCUCAACGAAAAGGCUCAGCCCUGUGUCGGCGCCACGGAGGAGUUGCAGAAGCUGUACGACUCUAAGAAGUACGGUCUUGCCGUUGUCUCUUCGUCCGCUCUGCGCCGAGUCAAGGCCUCGAUUAAGAAGGUCGGACAGGACAAGUAUUUCGACCCCGAGCUCAUCUUCAGCGCGGCCACGUCUCUUCCCAAGCCUACUUCCAAGCCUGACCCUGCAAUCUACAUCCAUGCUCUUGAGGUCUGCAAGAAGAAGCCCGAAGAGGUGGUUGCCAUUGAGGACAGCAAGUCCGGUGCUCUGAGCGCCAUCCGUGCUGGUAUCUAUGUCAUUGGCUACGUUGGUAGCUACGAAGGCGACGAGAAGAAAUUGGAGAUGGCCCAGCGUCUCAAGGAGCUUGGUGCCACGGUCAUCAUGAAGGACUGGAGCGAGUUCGAACAGUGCAUGCAGCAGAUCGAAAGCGCUUAA